AUGCAUAUCCUUAUCACUGGCGGUGCCGGCUUCAUCGGUCAAUUGCUCGCCAAAGAGCUCCUCAAUGACCCCACAUACCGCGUCACACUGACUGAUAUCCAUCAACCUCCGAUCCCCAAUGGCGUCAAGUACCCACAAAAUGCGACCGCAGUAAAAGCAGACCUUCUCACGGCAGCGAAGGAUGUGGUGGAUUCUUCAAUCAAUGCCGUCUACGCUUUUCACGGAAUCAUGUCUUCCGGUUCCGAGUCCAAUUUCGAUUUGGGCAUGAGCGUCAACGUUGAUGCCACUCGUAAUCUACUGGAAGCACUGCGACAUGCCUGCCCUGGGGUCAGAGUGAUCUAUUCUUCCAGCCAAGCUGUUUAUGGUCAACCAUUGCCGGAAGUGGUGACUGAUAGUGUCAUUCCAACACCGGAAUCCUCAUAUGGUGCUGAAAAGAUCGUUUGCGAAACACUUGUCAACGAAUAUACCCGCCGCAAGUUCAUCACAGGCUUUACUCUGCGCUUUCCCACCAUCUCUGUACGUCCCGGUGCACCCACAGCUGCCGCUUCAUCCUUCCUCUCCGGUAUGAUUCGCGAGCCUUUGGAUGGGAAAGAGUGUGUCAUUCCUAUUGAGGAUCGUUCGUUCAAGUCAUGGCUUUGCUCGCCUAAGACACUGGUCCACAAUCUUCUUCUCACUCUCCGCCUGCCCGCAGACUCUGUGCCUCCACACAUUCGCCAGAUCAAUGUGCCUGGUAUCUGUGUGACUGUCCAGGGAAUGAUGGAUGCGCUGGAAGCUGUUGGCGGGAAGGACAAGUUGGCUCUUCUCAAGGAGAAGGCUGAUCCUGCCCUGAUUCCGAUUUUGAAGUCUUGGCCCACACAAUUUGAUAAUUCCCAAGCUAUUUCUCUGGGCUUCAAACGCGAUGCAUCUUUUGAACAGGCUGUGCGAGAGUAUAAGGAGGCAUUGUGA